AUGGAUAUUGACGAGGAAUCUAAAGCGGCGCAGGAGUCGACUCCGACUCCGGCACCUGCGUCAGAUUCUGUUCAGGAUACUACUUCACAACCUGUCACAGAUGGCUCAACCCAAACAUCCAGCUCAGAUGGUACGUUGGAGAAAUCUGAACCAGAAGGCAGUGCUAGGCCUGACAGCCAGAACGGAGGUGAGGCUAGCACAGACGAAAAUAAGCCGGAGUCUGAAGAGAGGCAGACUAGGAAGAGAAAAAGUGCCAGCACGGAACCAGCGGCUAAUAAUGAUACACCAAACCGGUCUAGUAAUCGGUCUGCUAGUAAUCGAUCCAGUAAGAGAGUAAAGGCUAGAUCAGAUGAGCAAACUCUAGAUAGUAUGGAUGUUGCUGAAGACAAGUCCUUUUUCGAGCAAUUGACGUCGUUUUUAUCGCUUUGCAAUAUGAAAUUUGAAAGUGUAAUUCCUGUUUUCCUGGAUCAAGACUAUCCUCAUUCGGACCAAUACUUGUAUGACUUUAAGUUAAUAUUACAGGGAUGGGACGAUUCACAAGCUGAAAUUCUGCUAAAGAAUGAAAAGCCAAGUAAGAAAUCCAGUGCAAGUAAUAACAAUCAAUCGAUAUUGCAAACACUCGAUUUUGCUGCUCUUGGUAACGACAACAUUGUCAAAGCCCCGUCCUCGCUAACACAAAAUAAUACAUCAGAUAGAUGUAUUAAUUACAUACAGCGAAUUAACAGUGGUGAUUAUCACUUACAAGAAGUUCGUUUUGAGUUUAUUUAUGCACUUCUGUCUGAAGAUGAAAAUGGAUGUUCGUUAUUGGAUGAGUUUUGGCCCACAGCAGUGGCUGAUACUGUUCGUCAAAUCCUUGAUAACUGCGAGUCACUGAUUUAUUCCAAUGUGAAGAGUGCUCUACUUUCGACCACAGUAUCUAGUCCCCAUUUGGAGGUUUGUGAGGGAUUCUUUGAAUUACUUGUGGAUUACUAUUUAACCAGUGCUAGCUCUUUAGAUGCAAAAACCGGAACGAAAGCAAAUGUCAAAGAGCUCGAAGCAACGUCUAAACUUUUAUUUGCUAAAGUGGAUAGGUGGCGACAGCUUUUCUGUGACUUUGCUAGUUUAAGUAGCCCAGAAUCUGUGACAAGCGAACUACUAUUGCGACAUAAAUGGGUCUCUAUUUUCCUUGAGGCACGUAGUUGUACUCCAGCUGCCAACUUACGACAGUUUCAACAGUCCAAGUCAAUGUUUGAGGAGCAUGAAAGAAAAACAAACCACCCGUUUGUUAUGGAAUUCACAAACUUUUCCAAUAUUCCUAGAUUGUCCAUUGAGAGUUGUGAUACACAGAUUUCCAAAUAUCGGGCUGCUGCAGUAUUUGCGAGAGUUUUUGAUAUGGAAGUAAAGUCUGUACCUUCUCUAGAUGAACGCGGGUCCAAUGAGAGCACUCCAGAGACAGAGCGAGAUGUUAAUGAUGAGGCUAAAGAAGAUAUCGCUGAUGGCUCGUUGCAUCUUGAAGAGCUUUCGAAAGUGGAUCUACUCGAAUCUAUUCUCUUAGACGAACACAAAGAGAGACUGCCCGAGCACGAAGCAGUGUCGCAGUUUCUCUCACAUGCUUCAAUUCAAUUCAAAUUUAAACUCUGGUCGAUGCUUUUGGAUGCUUAUAACGAUCAAGGAGAGUCUAAAAAGUCCUUUGAGGGGUACCUGAGAAUAUUUGAGUCGAGCGUGGACGAAAUUACUGGAGAUAUGUUUUUGAGUAAAUCCGACCACCAACGUUCCACAUUGAUUCUCACAUGUCUCAGCUCAUGCUUUGAUAUUUGUAAGAUGUUACAGCGUCUGAUCGCUGCUGAUGAAGAGCUAUUGUUAAGUCUGUCUCCUCAAAGGGCGUCUGCAGCACUAGAGACGACAAUUCAGUUAUUGAGGAUGUUGCAUAUUUAUAAUUUAUUUGAUGACGCCAUUUCGAACAAUAACAUUGCACGUCAUAGUCACAACUCAUGGAAAGUGGCAUCGAGGCAUUUUGAGGAUUUAAUCUGUCAUACCUGGAGUAUUUUCUAUUUCUUCUAUCGUACUUGUCUUCCUGAACAGAAUAGGAUUCCCGACACAUUAAAUGAUAUUAUGAGUAUUGUACACGAUGCUAUUGGCAGUAGAGGUUAUUGUGGAAAAGCCAAUGGGGUGUUCUUGGAUAUGGUAAUUCGUGAGCUUAGCAGAUUAGACUGGUCUGAGUCUGAGCAGGACAUGAUCCAGUGUUUGCAUUGUAGAUAUGAUCUGACACUGGCAAGCGAUACAUUUUCACCGUUUGAUCAUUAUGCAGGCGGUGGAGAACUUGAUCGUAAAACGGCCCUAAUGCUAUCAAAAUUCAUUAUGAGAAUGAUCCUGAAUAGGAAGAACCUUAAUCAGAGUCUGUUACGGAACGAAGUCAAAAUUGCAUUGGAUGAGUUUUACCAGGCUAUUGGUGAUCCUGAUCCAGCACUAAUAUUACCAGUGGCACACAACUUUUCAAUUCUUAACGAUUAUCUCGCUUCUUCUUUGACUCGGUCUCUGUUUAGAACCUCUCUUACUGGUGGUGAUAAGCUAGCAUUUGCAUCAUCGCCUAACGAAAUUGUAAAAGUGGGCGAACAAGGUUUCUACUAUAUUCUGGGAUAUCAACAACUGUCGCAAUUCAGAAUAAGGAAGCGGUCGGGUCCAGGUCGUACUGAGGAUGCAGAAGAUGCAAUCAAGUUUUUCCAGUUUGAUAUUGUUUGCAAUACCAAUCGAUUUGAGUCAUGGGUAGGAUUGGCACAGGCUUUUGAUGCACUUGCGGACGAAGAUCUCACAUGGGAUGCUGAAAACUUCAAUACUGUAGAGACGCGACGAGCACUAGCUGUUAAUCAGAGAAAGUCAAUUCUAGCAUGUGCUAUGGCUGCCAAAGUGUUCCUUACUGAUAAUGAGAAGCAGAAACAAGGAGGUGCUGCCGCUUCAGCUGCCAUGUCGGCUCAUUAUGAGCAGUUAGCAUCUACCCUUUGGGGACUCUAUGCGAAGCUGAUUUAUAAUGCAUCUCGUCCUCCAAUGCAGAUGGAAGCAUUCACUGACAUUCCUGAACAAAUAUUCUGUGGAUUCGAGGGUCUAUACAAGCGGCCAAAGGCUCAACCUGUUAGUGAGGUAUCGAUUUUCAAAAUGGUUGAUAUCUGUUUAAUAUUGGCUAUAAAGUCGAACCCAACAGACUGGAAUAACUACUAUUUGCGUGCCAAAGUGCUGUAUAAACUGAAAAGUCCAGCAGAAGAGGCUCUGGAGCAAAUCAUACUGGCAACCAAACAUUUAUCUGAGAAAGGAGGUGGUAGUGCUACACACUACCCGAUCAUUGAGCCUCAUUAUAAACUGUUGUCACUAGUUAUAAAAUAUGUUUCCAAAGGGCAACUACGGCCUGAACAGGGAUUGGAGUACCUAAAGCACAGCGCAUAUUACGAUGAAAAACCAGACAGCCGGAUCCAGCCAAUGCCUGCCAGUCAGCCAGGCAUUGAUUUUGAGAGACUAACAUUUUAUCUAUUUUUCUCACGUUGUUUGUCGACGUUGGUGAAGCUGCGAGCAGUUGACAAGAGAAAAUGGCACCAUCGUCCUACCUAUCGCAUUGCCAAGCUGCUCAGUGAAAGGUUUGGAGAUGCACAGGCAGCCAAAGAAGAGAUGUCAGGUUUUUUCCCAUUGAAAUCUAUUUCCAAGGCACCCAUUCAUAUUUGGAAACCCGACUUGGAAAGAUCUGGAGAGCAGUUUGAGUUCCGAAGUCGAUAUAUUAUAUAUUAUGUGGACUUGCUCAAGCAAACUGGCGAUUUUGAAAGUUUGUGUCUGCUGGCAAGGAAGUUAAGAAAGUUCUCUACUGGCACUGCUCGACAUCAGGAAGCUUGGGAAUAUGUCUGUCUUGGAACAUGCUUUGCAUUAAAGCAGUUUUUGGGCAUACCUACCAAAUUCACCGAACAGGUGAUCAAUAAGCUUCUUUUUGAAGAAUUCAACGCUCAUUCACAAAACUUGUUGGCAACAGUAGAAAAGGCAAAGUCGGAAAAUGAGCUUCCUCUGCUCGUUGGUGAGCUGGAUGCGAUAGCAGAAAUAAGGCGACUCAACAAUGGAUUUGGAUCCACUGCGGCAUUGGAUGACACAUAUGUUGCAGUCUACUUAAAGAUAUACCUCAACUAUCUGGAGUCUAUUAAUCCCACGAAAGCUGAGACGGCUGUUACUACUACGCCAGUACCGGCAACACCUACGUCUUCAGCCUUGACCAAUGGAGCAAGUUCUAACGGUUUGUUGGGUGCCACAGUUCCAAUAGAAACAACUGCUCAGACUGUGAGUACGCCCUCAACCCCUUCUCUAACAGUGCCUUCAUUCUCAUCCAGGAUCUCAAUCCAGUCUCUUGUAUCACCAGAACCUAGCCUUACUGAUCUCACAUCGGCUCCAAGCACACCCCCGGCUCGUCCAUCAACUCCUCCAAAACCGCCAACCAGCGGAGCAGCGACUCCACAGAAGGAAAAAGUGCGUGUUACGAAGCGAGAUAUUAUCAUUCGAAUCACGCCUUUCUUGAAGGCGGUGGUGUCGAAGAGCGGUAAGCAGGCUAAAGAAAAGGGAAAAGACAAAGAGAAAGCGAAAGAGAAAAAGGAGAAGGAAAAGAAAGAGAAGCAGAAGGAGAAGGAAAAGCCGAAGGAAAAGGACACUGAAAAGGAAAAUAUCAAGGAAGAGAAAUCCAAUGAAGACGAAAAAGAGAGUGAACUAGAAGACAAAGGGUCUGAUACACCCAAGCAAGUACCCGAUACAAAGCAGGACUAG